AUGGAGGUUGAACAAUUCACCACAAAUAUCCCGGAAAGAGUUUCAAAGGGAGUAGCAGUGAGAAAAGACGAGUCCAAGGCCACGCUGACCUGCGUCCACACACAAUGGUACGCGCUAACAGCGGACGACACUGGUGGGAUGCUCGUUCGCUCCGACACGCUGCCUAAAAGGAAGCAACAAAAGGACAAACUUCCUCUGCCCCCGGACCACGGGCGUUGGGACCACUGUCAGACACAACACGGGGCAUUUUCUAUCCGUCGCCACUUCAUCACUGAGAUAAAGACAGGAAAAGGACUCCCGAAUCAACAGCGCUACACCUGCCCACGGCUCCAUUGUGUAGAAAGUGAAUGUGUGUCCUCCUCUACUGGGAGAGGCGACCGUGGACGUCAGAGGGCAAACGCAGAUAAGCACGAGGCUGGACCAACGCUAUCUGCGAAAAGAGGAAUGACUGGAAUGAAGCUGGAAAAUAAGUUAGGCAAUGUAUAA